AGUCGGUCCCCUGGGUUUCCCUUUCUCCUUCAAACGUGGUGUAGUGCUAAACCUCUGCUCCCCAGCUGGAAUUUCUUGCAAUUUUUACUGCUUCAUGUUUGGAUUUUUAUGGAUUGAGGUAGCAACCUCCCAGUGUGAGAGCUUUUGGCACAAGUCUCGUAUGCUCGUUGUAUGUACAAGCUACAACCUCAUGCUUUUGAUAAGAAGGCAGAUCGAUGUGUUACCAAAACAAUGACUCAGCUUUUGUUGUUCGAAAAGUUUUGGGGAAGAAUUUGCCUCAUAUAAUUUUUGUGUGAAUUAUUUUUAUAUUCAUCCGAAGUGAAGACACGAAUUGAAAAAGGACUUCUGGUUUGGUGCAAUUACAUUGGCGCCGUCUGUGGGAAUCGAACUAAAGGAUCUCUUGUUGCUCUCUCAUCAUGGUUAACACUCGAUCUGUCCGAGCUGGAAAUCAGGCUCAACCUCUUGGACAAGGUCAAAGUCAACUUCUCAACAACCUUCCACCUCACCUCCCACCUCUGAUCCCGAAUCGAUUCCCUCCUAUUGACCAUGCAGAAGGAGGAGAUGAAAACCAACCUCACAACUCAGCUCACAACUUAGCUUCCACUACUAAUCAAGAUCUCUUAGCUCAGAAUAAUCGAGGCGAUCCCCUCAUCAAUCUACUCAACCCUACUCAACAACCCCCUGUUCAACAGCAAGACCCUCAACUAGUUCAGUAUGCUCCUGCUCUUAGCGAGUCUCAGCAAGGUGCCCCACCUCCACAUCAUAACAUAGAUUCCAUACCUCAUCCUCUGAACACUAACAUCACAUUGGAAGCUUACCCCAUUGGCUUCAAGAUACCUCAGCUUGAGACAUAUGAUGGGACGAAGGAUCCAGAUGAUCACCUCCAUGCCUUCUACUCCUAUAUGCAAGCUCAGAACGCUUCUGAUGCAUUGAUGUGCAAAAUCUUUUCCCCCACUCUCUGUGGCAAUGCUCGAACUUGGUAUUAUAGUUUGUCCUCGAGAUCUAUCAACUCCUAUUCAUAAAUGGCAUCUGCUUUUGCCACAAAGUUU